UUUUUGGAAUGCAGUAUACCCAGAGAAAACCCUGCCCUGAGCUGUGUGGCCUGCGCGCUAACCACUCACCACCGUGCAGCCCAACCUCAAUAAAUUGACAUGUGCAUAUAUGCCUGUAGGCUACAGCAUACACCGUGACCCUUGUGACUAAGCGGCAUAGAAAAUGGAUGCAUGGAUAUAUGCCUGUUUGUUUUGCUUGUUUCUCUAUAUCAUACAGGCUGGAUGACAAGAGGGUUCACUCUGCAUGUGUCAGUGCACAUUGGUUCUAUAGUGGAAUGAAAGGAGAGAGCGAACCUCCUGCCAGCUAUUCAGCCUCUUUGUCCCAGUACGUGGAGGUGGGGACGACGGAUGCGAGGAUGUCGUCCAGGGAAGAUUGUCCAGAUGACAGAAGCCGAGGUGCGUGGCCUCUGCAUCAAGUCCCGCGAGAUCUUCCUCAGUCAGCCCAUCCUUCUGGAGCUGGAGGCGCCACUCAAAAUCUGUGGGGAUAUCCACGGGCAGUACACAGACCUACUGAGGCUCUUCGAGUAUGGUGGCUUCCCUCCAGAGGCCAACUACCUGUUCCUUGGCGACUACGUGGACAGAGGGAAACAGUCGCUGGAGACCAUCUGCCUACUGCUGGCCUACAAGAUCAAGUAUCCUGAGAACUUCUUCCUGUUACGGGGCAACCAUGAGUGCGCCUCCAUCAACCGCAUCUACGGCUUCUAUGAUGAGUGUAAACGCAGGUUCAACAUCAAGCUGUGGAAGACAUUCACUGACUGCUUCAACUGUUUGCCCAUUGCUGCCAUAGUGGACGAGAAGAUCUUCUGUUGUCACGGAGGUCUCUCUCCGGAUCUGCAGUCGAUGGAGCAGAUCAGACGCAUCAUGAGACCGACAGACGUGCCAGACACAGGCCUUCUGUGUGACCUGCUGUGGUCAGACCCUGACAAGGAUGUGCAGGGCUGGGGCGAAAACGACCGUGGGGUCUCGUUCACAUUCGGAGCCGAUGUGGUCAGCAAGUUCCUCAACCGGCAUGACCUGGACCUCAUCUGUAGGGCCCACCAGGUGGUGGAAGACGGUUAUGAGUUCUUCGCCAAGAGGCAGCUAGUGACUCUCUUCUCCGCACCAAACUACUGCGGCGAGUUUGACAACGCUGGUGGCAUGAUGAGCGUGGAUGAGACCCUCAUGUGCUCCUUCCAGAUCCUGAAGCCCUCUGAGAAGAAAGCAAAGUACCAAUACGGGGGUAUGAACUCUGGCCGACCAGUCACUCCUCCCCGCACAGUGCAACCUCCCAAGAAGCGAUGAAGGACAGAAGAACGGUCAACAUGGUCUAUCAGCUUCUCACAGCACACAAAGUGAUUAAUAUUACUUUCCUUUUUCUUUCUUAUCCCCCCAAACUGAAUUGCUGUCACUUUUGUUUGUUCGCAGUGUAAUCUUCAAACAUUAAAGUGUUUAAAACAAAACACAA